GGCGGCUGAACGGAUGGCAGACGGAGCGGGGCGAAGGCCUGCAGAGCCCUGCUCAGCCGUCUCUCGUGCCGCCUCCGCGGACCCCCUCGGACGCCACCAUGACCAAGCUGGGUUUCCUGCGGCUGUCCUACGAGAAGCAGGACACUCUCCUGAAGCUCCUCAUCUUGUCCAUGGCUGCCGUGCUCUCCUUCUCCACCCGCCUGUUCUCCGUCCUGAGGUUCGAGAGCGUGAUCCACGAGUUCGACCCGUACUUCAACUACCGCACCACCCGGUUCCUGGCGGAGGAGGGGUUUUAUAAAUUCCAUAACUGGUUUGACGACCGGGCCUGGUACCCUCUGGGGCGCAUCAUCGGCGGGACCAUCUACCCGGGUUUGAUGAUCACUUCCGCCGCGAUCUACCACGUGCUGCAUUUCUUCCACAUCACCAUCGACAUCCGGAACGUCUGCGUGUUCCUGGCGCCUCUCUUCUCCUCCUUCACCACCAUUGUCACCUACCACCUCACCAAAGAGCUCAAGGAUGCGGGUGCCGGGCUCCUCGCCGCUGCCAUGAUCGCCGUGGUGCCGGGAUACAUCUCUCGCUCGGUGGCCGGCUCCUACGACAACGAAGGAAUCGCCAUCUUCUGUAUGCUGCUCACUUACUACAUGUGGAUCAAGGCCGUGAAGACGGGGUCCAUCUACUGGGCCGCCAUGUGUGCCCUCGCCUACUUCUACAUGGUGUCGUCAUGGGGCGGCUACGUCUUCCUCAUCAACUUGAUCCCCCUGCACGUGCUGGUUCUGAUGCUGACGGGCCGCUUCUCGCACCGCAUCUACGUGGCUUACUGCACUGUCUACUGCCUGGGCACCAUCCUGUCCAUGCAGAUCUCCUUCGUGGGCUUCCAGCCCGUGCUGUCGUCGGAGCACAUGGCGGCCUUCGGCGUCUUCGGCCUGUGCCAGAUCCACGCUUUCGUGGACUACCUCCGCAGCAAGCUGAGCCCCCAGCAGUUCGAGACCCUCUUCCGCAGCGUCAUCUCCCUGGUGGGCUUCGUCCUGCUCACCGUGGGGGCCGUCCUCAUGCUGACAGGAAAAAUCUCUCCGUGGACGGGCCGCUUCUACUCUCUGCUGGACCCCUCCUACGCCAAGAAUAACAUCCCCAUCAUCGCCUCAGUGUCCGAGCACCAGCCCACCACCUGGUCCUCCUACUAUUUCGACCUGCAGCUGCUGGUCUUCAUGUUCCCAGUUGGCCUCUACUACUGCUUCAGGAACCUGUCAGACGCCCGCAUCUUCAUCAUCAUGUACGGCGUGACCAGCAUGUACUUCUCCGCCGUCAUGGUGCGCCUGAUGCUGGUCCUGGCCCCCGUGAUGUGCAUCCUGUCCGGGAUCGGCGUCUCCCAGGUGCUGUCCACCUACAUGAAGAACCUGGACAUCAGUCGCCCCGACAAGAAGGCGAAGAAGCAGCAGGACUCCACGUACCCCAUCAAGAACGAGGUGGCGAGCGGCAUGAUCCUGGUCAUGGCCUUCUUCCUCAUCACGUACACCUUCCACUCGACCUGGGUGACCAGCGAGGCCUACUCUUCGCCGUCCAUCGUGCUGUCCGCCCGGGGCGGGGACGGCAGCAGGAUCAUCUUCGAUGACUUUCGGGAGGCCUACUACUGGCUCCGACACAACACCCCCGAGGACGCCAAGGUCAUGUCGUGGUGGGACUACGGCUACCAGAUCACCGCCAUGGCCAACCGGACCAUUUUAGUGGACAACAACACCUGGAACAACACCCACAUUUCGCGGGUGGGGCAGGCGAUGGCGUCCACAGAGGAGAAGGCCUACGAGAUCAUGAGGGAGCUGGAUGUCAGCUACGUGCUGGUCAUCUUCGGGGGCCUCACCGGCUACUCCUCGGACGACAUCAACAAAUUCCUGUGGAUGGUGCGGAUCGGCGGGAGCACGGACACGGGCAAGCACAUCAAGGAGCACGAUUACUACACGGCCACGGGGGAAUUCCGUGUGGACCGCGAGGGCUCCCCUGUGCUGCUCAACUGCCUCAUGUACAAGAUGUGUUACUAUCGCUUCGGACAGGUCUACACAGAAGCCAAACGUCCGCCGGGCUACGACCGGGUGCGGAACGCGGAGAUCGGGAACAAGGACUUUGAGCUGGACGUGCUGGAAGAGGCGUACACCACAGAGCACUGGCUGGUCAGGAUAUACAAGGUGAAAGACCUGGACAACCGCGGCUUGUCGAGGACAUAGGCGCGCCCACGCUCUCUCACGCGCCGCACUGAGCGGGCCCUCGCCGAGGACGCCCAAGAUGUCGUGUGUUUUUUUUUUACAUGCAGUUUGUAAGGACGGGGAGGCCCCACCUCGGGCCGGGCGGAGUGAUUUUUAUAAUUCCCGAGCGGGUCACCCAGUGAAAGCCGUGGUUUGCCGGAGUCAAUUAAAGGGGGAAGAGAGACGA